GUAUCAGUCAGAGCCGGAUCUCUCAUUGGCUGUUGCAGCAGGGAUCAGAUCUGAGUGAACAGAAGAAAAGAGCAUUUUACCGAUGGUAUCAACUUGAGAAGACAAACCCUGGCGCUACACUAAGUAUGAGACCAGCCCCCAUUCCAAUAGAGGACCCUGAAUGGAGACAAACGCCUCCCCCAGUCUCUGCCACAUCUGGUACUUUCCGACUACGACGAGGGAGUCGAUUUACUUGGAGAAAGGAGUGCCUGGCUGUUAUGGAAAGUUACUUCAAUGAGAAUCAAUACCCAGAUGAAGCAAAGAGGGAAGAAAUUGCAAACGCUUGCAAUGCAGUUAUACAGAAGCCAGGCAAAAAACUGUCAGAUCUGGAAAGAGUUACCUCCCUGAAAGUAUAUAAUUGGUUUGCUAACAGAAGGAAGGAGAUCAAGAGGAGAGCCAAUAUUGAAGCAGCAAUCCUGGAGAGUCAUGGAAUAGAUGUGCAGAGUCCAGGAGGCCACUCGAACAGUGAUGACGUCGACGGGAAUGACUACUCUGAGCAGGAUACUUGGCAAGUACGCAAUGGGGAGGAGGAGGAGGGAAGAAGUUCAGAGGGAGGCAGAGAAGCAGAGAAGGAUGACAGUACGAGCCAUAGUGACCACCAAGACCCCAUCUCAUUAGCUGUGGAAAUGGCAGCAGUCAACCACACUAUCUUGGCAUUGGCCCGACAAGGAGCCAACGAAAUCAAGACAGAGGCCCUGGAUGAUGACUGAUCAGGGAGGUUAAACACGACAAGUUAACUUAGUUUAGACGUAGCACCUUAGCAGACUUUCCUCGGUCCUUAACAUGUGUUCUUACAGUAUAACUUGCAGUUUCUUGUAUGUCAGGUAGCCGUUAGGGUCUUGUUCUGUGAAGAUGGCAUGGUGCCCUCAGCCUUUGCAUAUACUCUCUCAGUAUUAAUUCCCAGUAAAUAAUAACCAACCAACCAACCAAACUUCCCUCUCCCAGCCCGUGAGGCUAGAAAAUCUUGCUGCUCCGUCUUAGCAUUCCAAGAAAGUGCUUCCAGGUAUUUAGAUAGCCCUCAGUUCUGAAAUAUUAGGCUAUGUGUAAAAUCUUGGGUACCUUUAGAUUCUUGUAACACUAGUCUGUACCCCCUUUUCCUUCCCCAAGACUGAUAGGAUGCAAGCUGAGGUUGUGGCACAGGAAUGACAGACACCAUUUGGGGAGUAUCCACAGAGUCAAAGGAACACUAGAAUCCCCACCUCAGUGUGAGGAUAAUUGAUUUCCAGCUGCAAUAAGCCGUGCCUCAUUAUAGCCACACUGUGGCUAGAUUAUACUUCUUUGGGUGCUGUGCUAAGAAUGUCAAUGGAAAAAGUCGAUCUCAGAUUUUGUUUGAAGUUAACAUGCCUGACACAGGCAUCCUUUCCUCUCACAAGCUGUGUGACUUAGUAGAUAAAAUACUGCCUUCUGCCUUUGGGACCAUGAUUAAAAACAAAGACAAAAACCAAACGUCAUAAAAAAAAAAAAAAAAAAAAAGGCCCAGCUUGAGAGCA